CGACCAACUCUGUAUCCUCCAUCAAUGAUAAUUAUACCCUACCGUUAAGGUUCAAGUUGUCGAGUCUGGUCGUGACCUCCUCCCAAAACAUCAGACUGCCUCUCGCUCAGCCCUGUGUCACUUCCACGUCCAUCCGUCUUGCGGUUGUGCACGCAUUGGUCUUGCUCAUUCAUCAUGGUCAACCGGCCUAGUGGAAGUCUAUAUGUACUGGAGGGUAUUCGUACAAAUUGCCACAGCGAGAAUCCAUCGUCCUAGCCCACAGAUUGGAACUCUCACGACCAGGCGGAAGGUGGAGCUUAGAUACCGUCUGGCUUGUAUGCGCCGGUAUGCGCUACGCGACGAGGCGCUUGGUACAGCCCAUGCAGGUCAACAGCCUUCAUCUAGACACGCGGUUGGAAGCAGAGACAGAUCAUUGCUCAGACGUACAGCGUCGAUUAGGAAAGAGAUGGCGAGGAUGUACACAUAUCAAGUCAUCAGCCAUGAGACAUCAGCCAUGAGACAUCAGUGCACACCAAAAGACAAACAGGCCACGAAUAUCGCAGCAGCACCUCGCACCCCCACCCACAGCGCAUCAAAUUCACCAGCCCAGACCCACCGCCGAAUCCAUGCCUCUUACCUCAGACGCCCGCUGGCAUGGAAGAAAAAACAAACCCACAAGCCCUUGACAGCCAAGCAACGAAAAAGCGUUGGUGAUCUCCUAUAACGGCGUGCUCGUCGGCGGCGCGCGGAAAUAGAAUUGUUGCUCCACUGCGCAGGCUGUCGAGUGGAUCGGGCACGGGGCUGGCGAGGAGGGUUGGCACGGAGCGUCGACAGGGAAGGGCGACUUGGGAGGGCGACAUGGGU